AUGUUGCAUUUUCAGGACUUGUUCGAUAUGAAAUGUUGUAUUGUUCAGACCAUGUGCAAGUUGGAACAAAUAUACCCUCCUAGCUUCUUUGAUUCCAUGGAACACCUGGACAUACAUUUAGCUGAUGAAGCUAUUUUUGGUGGUCCGGUACAUUAUAGAUGGAUGUACCAAUACAAGAGGAAAUUAGACAUAAUUAAAAGAAGAAUCAACAACAAAGCACGAUUUGAGGGUUCAAUUGUCAAUGAACAUCUAGUGAAUGAGCUCGCUACCUAUUGUUCGCUAUAUUUUGACCCGACGAUUGAGACACACCAUAAUCGAGAAGCACGAAAUUUUGCACCACAAAGUCACAAGUUUUCGAGUGGCAGAGCUCCACUUAGCAUCUUUGUCGUCCCAUCAAGAAGAUUAUAUGAAAAAAGUGGAAAACGAAAACCCUUAAGUGAUAAAUUCCUUCACACAGCACACAUUUACAUAUUACUUAAUUGUAAAGAAGUUAACCCUUACAUCAUCAAGUUUGAUGAAAUGGUCAUGAGAACGAAUCCAAAUGAAUCAGUUUCUAAUUUAAGAGAUAAAUACUUUGCUGAAUGGUAUGAGGACAGAACACCCGAUGGAAGUGCUAGACACUUAGAAGUUAUAGCUACGAAACCAUCGAGACAUGCUUAUUUUCAUAAUGAGUAUUUUGUAAAUGGUUAUAAGGUCCACACUCAACAAUACGGCGAGGGUCGUACGACAAAUAACUUUGGAGUAUGUGUGAGAGGGGAGACGUAUAAUGCCGAACAAGAGUCAGACUACUACGACAUAUUGGAGGAGAUCUUAGAGAUUGAGUAUUAUAGUAGCGGACCGUCGACUCUUGUACUGUUUAAUUGUAUUUGGUUUGAUAACAAAGACGGUGUAAUAGUCAAUAAAAACAAGUUGGUUGAUGUCAAAACCAAAUCUCGACUUCAAACUGACGAUCCUUUUUGUUUGGCAUCACAAGCUGAACAAGUGUUUUAUACACCAUACCCUUCAAUGACAAAUGAGACGAAAGAUAAGUGGGCGGUUAUCAAAACAAGACCAAGAGGGGUAUUUGAAGUCACCGAAGCUGAAAUGGAAGCAAAUGAAGUAUUUCAGGUUGAAGAACGGUUUGAGUCACCCCUUACUGUAACUCGUGUGGAACCACUGUGCCUAGCCUCAACUAUAAAUACAUAUGAGCAAACGUCUGAUGAAGAGAGUGAGAUAAUUGAGGGGGAAGACAAAGAAGUGGAAGAUUUUGAAGACGGAGGUGAUGAAAGCGAGUUUUAUUAUUCAGAAGAAGAAUUUGAAGAUGAAGAUGAUGGCAUGUCAGGUAAUGGACGCAAGGAUAAAAGCCACAAUACCAACACUUCUUCUAGCAGUGCGGGGAAUAGGAGGGGGGGAGGGUUAUCCCCUAAUUCUACCGACAAGCCACGUUUUAGGACAUCACUCAUGCCGAUCGAUAUGCCGAUAGUGAUAGAAGUCGCAGGCUCCAACAGUCAGCGUGCCAUCAAUGAACAAACCGAGAUGGCUGAUCCUUUAGCAUACUUGGCAGGGAUUCUUCGCCAUCAGGCUUGA